UCUGCAUCUCUCUUUGCUACGACAUCAUUGCCUAGGCGAUUGCGCAGUCAUGGAGACGACUGUGAGACGCAACCCGCUGGCGUGUCUGGCGUGCCGGCAGGCAAAGAGCAAGUGCGAUGGAGUGCUUCCCCCCAUGCUCCUCGAAGGCAGCGACGUAGUGCCGGCGACAAAGGCCUGCUCGAGGUGUACGAUGCACGGGGUGCAGUGCGCCUGGAAGCCGUGCUCCCGCACCGGAAGGCCGCCCAAGCGCAAGGCAGCCCUGGAGCAGGGUUUUGAGUCCAGUGAGCUGCCCUCGCUAGGGCAGCAGGAUGACUUGAGCCUGCUGGCGUAUCCCUUUGACUGCGAAGCGUCGCUGGGCAUUUUCGACGCCCUCUUCGAUGCGCACGCCGAGCAAGGGCCCUCGUCGGAGCCACUGUCGCAGCCGUCGUGCUUUUCGUCGUCGCCCUCCCCGUCCUCGUCGAGGUCCUCGGCUGUGUCCUCUUCCUUUGCCGGCACGUCGCCGACGUCGUCAGUCGCCUCGCAGCUGCGGGAGAUGAAGCGGCGGAUGGGCAGCAGACGGGACGAGGACGUCGUCGCGACAGGCAUUGAGCGCUACUUUGCCAGCUUUGGCCUCUCUGUCCCUGUCCUAGGCCUGGCAGAGGAGGCGGACUUGCUCAGCGGCCGGCGAAGCCCGCUGCUCGUCGACGCCGCCGCCGCCCUGGGCCACAGCUACUACGUGGGCAUGCAGGCGCCCGAGAGUGUCCAGCUCUGGCAGCGCUGCCAGAGUGCUCUCGCUACCGCACCUGCUGCAGCGACAGGCAUCACGCUCGACGACAGCCUCGACGACAUCCUGGCUCGCCUGCUCGUGGCCCACCUCGCGUACGCAGCGGGCGACUACGCGCUGGCCGAGACGCAGCACGGCGCAGCCUGCCGCAUCGCCCUCCAGCAAGGGCUUCACCGCCUCGACGAGGUGGGCCGCCCGGCGCUGAGCGACGCGCUUGCCGAGCUCGGCCGGCGGACAUGGUGGGAGCUCUUUGCCGCCGACGUCAUGAUGGGCGCCGCGACGAGUGGGGCGAUCACGAGCAAGCUGGGCCCCGAAGUUGCCGUCGCCGUCGCGUAUCCCCAUGACCUGGGCAGCAACGAGGGCCUGGCAUACGCUGUCCGCAUCGAAGCAUGCAAGGCGACACGCGAGACGCUGACCGAGCCGUCGCCCCGCCAGCGCCUCGGCGCGCUCGACGACGUCCUCUCCCAUCUCGCCGCCCGUGCCCAUGCCGCCUGGCUCGCCGCCGACGCCAAGGUCGGCGCGCACGCUGCGGCGGCUACGGCUACGGGUACGGCUACGGCUACGGCUACGGCUACGGCUACGGGUACGGCUACGGCUACGGCUACGACUACAGCGACGUGCGCGCGCAGCACCGCCACCAGGCGCACACUCCUCUUUGACGCCACCGUCCAGCUGCUCGGCACCUGCAUCCACCUGCACCGGCGCGCCUGGUUCGCCGACCUCUCCCUCGACCUGCGCUCGUGCAGCUUCCAGAGCGAGCACAUGGCCGAUGGCGGGCCCGAUGCCGCGCUCGUCGAACAGAGCGUGGCGCGGAUCGCACUCGUCGCACACCGCAUGUCGGGCCUCUUGCUCGCCGACUUUGAGGCCUGCUACGCGGCAGAGGCCGUCGCGCCCCCUCACUGGCCCUUUAUCGCAUGCUGCAACAUGCUUGCCUCGUACGGCUGCGUCAUUGCCCUGCUCAAUGCCAAGGCCGACGAGCGGCGCGGCCUCCGGGGCCGCAUCGACUUUCUCGAGGCCUCGCUCUCUCUGUAUGCUAGAUUCUGGCCCGUGGCUGCAAAGGCGCAGCACGAGGUGCGCGCCUGUCUCCGGGCCGUUGAGAAGGCAAGCACGUAAUGGCAUGUAAUGUAUACUAGGC